GUUGUCCAAAAGCAUGCUCUGUGUUUGGCUUAUAUGUUGAAUGGCCCAACCAGCCAGCACAUACGUCGACACUCCAAGCACGACUCUACUCUCUCUCUCUCUGCACAUGCAAACGCUCUGAGCAGCCGACUAUCGCCGUCUCUCGCCAUCUCUCUCUCAAGGUUGCGUGGAGUUUUGUGAUUGUGCUUUUGUUUGUGCCUACGAUAGUGUGGAAUUGAAGAAGAAUGUGGAGGCUUAAGAUCGCGGAAGGCGGAGGGAAUCCGUGGCUGCGGACGACGAACGAUCACGUCGGGAGGCAGGUUUGGGAGUUCGAUCCCAAGCUCGGAUCGCCGGAAGAGCUUGCGGAGAUCGAAAAUGUGCGCCGGAACUUCACCAAUAACCGUUUCCUGAAGAAACACAGUUCAGAUCUCAUGAUGCGCAUUCAGUUUUCCAAGGAGAAUCCAAGUGAGAUGCUUCUGCCACAAGUCAAGUUGAAAGAAAUGGAAGAUAUCACGGAGGACCAUGUCACAACCACGCUCAGAAGAGCAAUCCGUUUUCAUUCAACUAUCCAGGCACACGAUGGGCACUGGCCAGGAGAUUAUGGAGGUCCUAUGUUUCUAAUGCCUGGACUGGUUAUUACUCUGUCUGUUACGGGGGCAUUGAAUGCAGUGCUGUCCAAAGAACAUAAACUUGAGAUGUGCCGUUAUAUUUACAAUCAUCAGAACAGAGAUGGGGGGUGGGGCUUACACAUUGAGGGCCCCAGCACCAUGUUUGGUACUGUCUUGAGCUAUGUCACUUUGAGAUUACUUGGUGAAGGAGCUGAUGAUGGGCAGGGGGCAAUGGAGAAAGGACAGAAGUGGAUUCUAGACCAUGGUGGUGCCACUAACAUAACAUCAUGGGGAAAAAUGUGGCUUGCAGUACUUGGAGUAUUUGAUUGGUCUGGCAAUAAUCCUUUACCCCCUGAGAUAUGGCUUUUGCCUUAUGCUCUCCCAUUCCAUCCAGGUCGGAUGUGGUGUCACUGUCGGAUGGUUUACUUGCCUAUGUCAUACUUAUAUGGGAAGAGAUUUGUUGGUCCAAUGACACCUACUGUUUUGGCUUUGAGAAAAGAGCUCUUUAGUGUCCCUUACCACGAAAUAGAUUGGAAUAAAGCGCGCAGCCAAUGUGCAAAGGAAGAUUUGUACUACCCUCACCCUCUAGUACAGGAUUUGUUUUGGGCAUCACUUGACAAGGCUGUGGAACCGAUUUUAAUGCGUUGGCCAGCGAAGAAGUUGAGGGAAAAGGCUCUUCGUACAGUGAUGGAGCACAUUCAUUAUGAGGAUGAGAAUACUCGUUAUUUAUGCAUAGGGCCUGUAAAUAAGGUGCUUAAUAUGCUUUGCUGUUGGGUGGAAGAUCCAAAUUCAGAGGCGUUCAAGUUGCAUCUUCCCAGAAUCCAUGACUAUUUGUGGCUUGCUGAGGAUGGCAUGAAAAUGCAGGGUUAUAAUGGUAGUCAAUUAUGGGACACUGCUUUUGCUGUUCAAGCAAUUGUCUCAACAAACCUUGCUGAAGAAUAUGGUCCAACACUUAAGAAAGCACAUGGAUACAUAAAGAAAUCACAGGUUUUAGAUGAUUGCCCAGGCAAUCUUGAUUCUUGGUACCGCCACAUUUCAAAAGGUGCUUGGCCUUUCUCAACUGCUGAUCAUGGAUGGCCCAUCUCUGACUGCACAGCUGAAGGAUUGAAAGCCGUUCUCCUAUUGUCAAAACUGCCAUCAGAUAUUGUUGGUGAACCAGUAGAUGCAAAACGGUUAUAUGAUGCUGUAAAUGUUAUUCUUUCUCUACAGAAUAGUGAAGGUGGCUUUGCAACAUAUGAACUGACAAGAUCCUAUCCUUGGUUGGAGUUACUCAACCCUGCUGAAACAUUCGGCGACAUAGUUAUUGAUUAUCCCUACGUGGAAUGUACCUCAGCUGCCAUUCAAGCUUUGACAUCAUUUAAAAAAUUAUACCCUGGGCACCGAGGCAAAGAAAUAGAACAAUGUAUCAAAAAAGCUGCUGAGUUCAUUGAAAAGAUACAAGCAGAGGAUGGCUCAUGGUAUGGAUCUUGGGGAGUUUGCUUCACUUAUGGCACAUGGUUUGGAGUAAAAGGAUUGGUUGCUGCUGGAAGGAACUAUCAUAACUGCCUUAGCAUCCGUAUGGCUUGUGAUUUUCUAUUAUCCAAACAGCUUGUUUCUGGUGGAUGGGGAGAGAGUUAUCUGUCAUGUCAAAACAAGGUUUAUUCCAAUCUUGAGGACAAGAGGUCUCAUGUAGUAAAUACUGGAUGGGCUAUGUUGGCUCUCAUUGAUGCUGGCCAGGCUGAGAGAGAUGCAACACCGCUGCACCGUGCAGCAAGAGUACUAAUAAACUCGCAAAUGGAGAACGGGGAUUUCCCCCAGGAGGAGAUCAUGGGGGUCUUCAACAAGAACUGCAUGAUCACUUACGCUGCUUAUCGAUGCAUUUUCCCUAUUUGGGCUCUGGGAGAGUAUCGUAGCCGGGUUCUUGGCGCUCAAUGAAGCCUUCUUACCAUCUUUGCUGCUGUUACUUGAGCAUUUCCCACUUCUUCCGGUAACGCUCCCCGUUUCAGCUUUGUUUGCUAUGCUUUUGAAAGUAGUGUUAAAGAGUACUUGCGGUAGUAGUGUCCCUUUAGAGGGCAGUACUACAUUUUACAAGUGAACAGUGGUUUGUUAGUAGAUGGCACUCCUUUCUCCAUCA